AUGAAUUUCGAUGUUGGAGGUCCAUCAUAUUUAUCAUCAUCUUCAUCUUCGGAUGAUGAUAAUUUUCUGUCCAAUAUCAUUACAGAGAUUGAUGAAACCGAAGAAGUAAUUUGUGAGUACAUCAACAACAACAUGAUCAUCGCUAACAAUUUACGUCAACAAAACUACCAACCGAUCCAUGGUGGCUCGAUUCCUGGUCAUGCAGUGAUCAACCGCGAUCGAGAAAAUGCGCAUCAGAAUUUGGUCAUAGAUUACUUUGCCGAUAAUCCACGUUUUGGAGAAGAUAUGUUUCGUCGUCGAUAUCGGAUGUCAAGAAGUUUGUUCCUUCGUAUUGUUGAUGCAGUGAAAGAUCAUGACUAUUACUUCCAACAACGAAGUGAUGGACUUGGUAGAAUGAGAUUAUCACCGUUACAGAAAGUAAUAGCUGUUUUUCGCAUGUUGGCAUACGGUCUACCAGCUGAUGGUACGGACGAAUACGUUAAAAUAGGUGAGUCAACAGCAAUUGAAAGUAUGAAAAGAUUUUGUCGUGCUAUGGUGAAGAUAUUCGCAGAGCGGUAUCUACGAACACCUAACGCUAACGAUAUUGCUAGGCUACUUCAUAUUGGUAAAAAACGUGGUUUUCCAGGAAUGUUAGGAAGUCUUGAUUGCACCAAUAAUGAUAUCAAUGUGCUGGAGUCAUCUAAUCUUUUCUCUAACCUAGCUCAAGGUAUUGCUCCUCCCGCUCACUAUGUUAUUCAAGGAAAAGAGUAUAAUAUGGGUUAUUAUUUAGCUGAUGGUAUAUAUCCGAAAUGGGCUACUAUUGUACAAACAAUCCAACAGCCACAAGGUAGGAAGAAAAAAUAUUUUGCCAUGAAACAGGAAGCAUGUAGAAAAGAUGUAGAACGUGCGUUCGGAGUUCUCCAAUCACGAUUUGCAAUUGUGGCAGGAUCAGCACGUUUUUGGAAAAAACAUGCACCAAUUCAAGAAGUGAGGGAAGCACCAACACCAGAAGUUGAUAUGGUAGCAGAUGAAACUACAAAAUUUACUCAAUUUAUUGCACGUUACGGAAAAAUCAAGGAUAAAGAUGCCCAUAUUGCGCUUCGUAAUGCAUUGAUAGAUCAUCUAUGGGAGGAAUACACUAAUUCAGAUAGUUAA